AUGACGCCCGAGAAAACUUCUGUCCCCAGGCAAGGCACGCAUGUACCUGCCAACUCUCACACCCAACAACACGGAACGGAAGACGAAAUCAUACAAAUUGGCCAUGAGCUAGAAGAUAAACCCCAAAAGACCCCUCUCGAGUCUGCGACCCCUGGUGUCAAGAAAGUCGAACGCUUUAGCCAUGUACUCUACCAGUCUGGCAAGUCGGGACGCAUGCUCUUGUUCAUUCUUGCGGCAUCCAUCGGCUUGACUAUGUUCGGAUAUGCCCUCGACCAAGGCAUCACUUCGCAGUUUACCGUCAUCGCAGCCUCCGCCUUCUCACACCACGCUGAAAUCGGAGCGGUCAACACCGCAGCCUCCAUCAUCCGCGCUAUAUCAAAGCCUUUCAUCGGAAAGCUAUCGGAUAUCACGUCGCGACCUACGUGCUACAUGAUUGUCUUGUUUUUCUACGUCAUUGGCUUCAUUGUGGCGGCGACAUGCCAUAAUAUUGGUGCGUACAUCAUCGGCAUCUCGUUUACAGCAUUUGGAAAGUCAGGCCUUGAUCUCCUGGGAGACAUUAUUGUAGCGGACUUGACACCUCUAGAGUGGCGCGCGUUCUGGAGUGGUUUGCUCAGUAGCCCUUUUAUCAUCACAGUUUUCAUCAACGGAUUCAUCGCCAAUGCUAUGAUCCCUGAUCACUGGCGCUGGGGGUUGGGCAUGUUUGCGAUCAUGAUGCCCAUCCUUCUGGUGCCUGCCAUAUGGACAUUAUACGGCGUACAGAGGCGAGCGGACAAACUUGGAGCCAUCAGCUUCGGCGAAGCAGGCAUGGCAAGAAGAGAAGGUGUCAAGGUUCGCGGUGGGAAAGACUAUUUGAAUCUCGCUUGGCGAGGUGUCAUUGAUAUCGACCUUGCGGGCUUAAUCUUGCUCGGCUUUGGCUUUGCCCUCGUACUACUAUCGUUCAAUCUGGCAAAGACAGCAAAAGGUGGUUGGAGUAACCCGUCCAUGGUCGCAAUGCUAGUGGUUGGCUUCGUCAUUCUAGGCAUCUUCGCCUGUUUCGAAGUUUUCGUCGCCCCAAAGCCCAUCAUGACAAGUCGCAUCUUCCGGAACCGAGCCUUCAUCUGCGCGAUACUCGUCGAUGUCUUCGGCCAGAUGGGCAGUUCUACGAGAUCGAACUACUUCUCAUCCUACGUCUACAUCACCAAGAACUGGUCCAAUUAUGCGUGGAAUACGUUCCUCAACAUCACCACCCUAGUUCUAUGUAUAUUCGGGCUUUUGGGUGGCUUGAUCCAUCGAUGCUCACACCGCUACAAAUCCCUCAUGGUUCUUGGUGCUGUUUUGAAACUCAUCGGGAAUUGCAUCCUCAUGACUGCCGACUUCCGCAGCACACAAUCUACAGGGGCGCUCGUUGUGUCUCAGCUCCUCCUCGGCUGUGGCGCGUUCACAGUCAUCGGUGCCCGCGUCGGCUCCCAGGCUUCCGUUCCUCACGAGGACCUUUCUUCCGUCAUCGCCAUCCUGUCUUUGUGGAGUACGCUUGCUUCCUCCGUAGGUUACACAAUUGCGGCCUCCAUUUGGACGGAUAAGAUGCUGCCCUUCAUGCGCGAGGAGAUGCCUGGCGUUCCGGAGAAAACGAUCAAAACAAUUUACGGGAGCAUUAAGACGUUGAGGACGAAGUAUGAUUGGCAAAGUCCGAUUCGAAAGGGGGCGCUGAGGGCUUAUACAAGAGUGAAUGGCGUCAUCUUCAUCACGGCGAUUGUACUCAACAUUUUGCCAGUUAUCUUUUCGCUCUGCAUGCCUGUAGACUACUACCUCGGUAAACAGCAGAAUGCUGUUACAAACACUGGUGUUGAUGGACAGCCUGUCGAGAUUGAGCCUAGGGUCAAUGUGGAGAACAAGGGUGGCCUCUUGGAGAAGGUGAAGAUGUUCUACAGACAGGAUACCUGA